GAUUACUUGAAGUGUGUCUAAUUCAUUCAUUCAUUCCCUCCCUCCAUGGAGCUACAUUCACUGUUCAAGGGUUCAUCUUCUGCUCUUUCUUAUCCCCUCCUUAAGCUUUCAAAACCCACGAUGAUGGCAUCCAACUGCGUUAGAUUCAAUUUCACUCACAACCCAUGCCUCAUAUUCGCAAAUGGGUACCCUUCUUCUUUUUCACUGCCACUUUCUGUUCAGAAUAAGCCUAGAAAAGUAUCGUCACUGAUUGCGAGUGCCCGCAAGAAAGACAAGAAAGAAGAUAACCAUAGCUCUGUUCCCAAACCCGACGAGGUCACGGGUUUCUUCCCCGAAGCUGUGCUCCUUAAAAAGAGAACAGUUGAGGAAGAAGGGCAGCUUCUCCCGGAGUUUGAAGAUGCUGAAGAAAGACAACUCUUUGAAUCGCUGAUGCUUGAGAUGGAAAGUGAUAUGAAUAUUGAAAUAUUGCGCCACUAUGAGGUUGUCUACUUAAUUCAUGAGAAGCAUGCAGAUGAGGUUGCAGCUGUCAAUGAGAAAGUUCAAGACUUUUUGAGGGAGAAAAAAGGCCAGGUUUGGAGACUGAAUGAUUGGGGUAUGAGAAGGCUAGCUUACAAAAUAAAGAAAGCUAACAAUGCUCACUACAUGCUGAUGAACUUCGAGUUGGAUGCGAAAUAUAUCAAUGACUUCAAGAUGCUGUUGGACCAAGAUGAAAGAGUCAUCCGGCAUCUCGUGAUAAAGAGGGAUGAGGCGAUCACUGAAGAUUGCCCUCCUCCUCCGGAGUUUCAUACUCUGCGUGCAAAUGCAGAUGAUAAUGACGAUGAAGAAUUUGAUGAAGAUUAUGAUGAUGAUUGGGAUGAAGAAGAGGUGGAUGACUAUGAUGACAAUGAUGGUGGGGAUGAAAUUAUUUUUGUAGAUGGCGAUGACAUAGAUUCUAGAAAUGAAACAUCAGCAAAUGUUAGACAACCAGAAACAAGAAAAUUGAGGGCUGAGAAUGUAAGUAGGUAAUGCUAUCUUUUAUCCUCGAUUCUUUUUGUUCCUUGGUUUCAUAGGAAUGUAGAACAGUUCUAAACGUUAUGACUCUAAAUAUAGGAAGAUCUAAGUAAUCAGGAUAUCUUGUUUGCUCAUGUUAUUAAAUUAUAAAAUGUUUAUAUGAUGAAUAGCAAGGCAAACAGAGAGGAAA